AUGCAAGUUCAAUUCUCAGACAUUCUUCUUUUUCUUGUACAGUUUCACGUUGUCGCUUCUCUGCUGCAACUCCUUCUGGUUGAACUUGAACCAGAUGUCGUUGAGGAUUCUUCUGUCUACGCGCGACUUCAAUGCCUCUGCCAUCGUCUUGUAGCAUUUCCUGAACAAAUCCUGAAUUCUGCCAAUUUGACUGCAAUUUGGUGUCACGUUGCUGAAGUCGUCGCAUAUCGGAUCGUCUAUGAAUAUGCAGAAUCCAGACUCAUUCUUCCUGUACUUCCCAUCCUUCACGUUCACAACUGCUCUUCUGAAGUCGAUAUGCGCGUAGUACAUGAAGAAGUCCAUCAUAAACGCGCCCAGAUUCUGUUUGAUGCUGGAUGA